GGGGGAGGGAGAUAAAGACACGGAGAGGGAGAAGGAGAAAGAGAGGGAGGAAGGGGUGGACAAUGGAGGAAAGGAAGGAGGGGGAAAAUCAGAGAAUGGGGAGAAGGCCAAUGAAUAGGAGAGGGAAGGGACAACGGGGAAGGAGAAAGAGGGGAGUACGGAGAAGGAGGCUGGUAAGGAAGGGGACGGGGAGAAGGGGAAGGACCAUGCAGUCAAAGGAUCCACGUAUUCCGGUGGGAAAGGAUGGGUCCGCCCUGGAGGAGAAGGAGGAAACUCUGCUGGAGAAGAAGGGCAGGAAGGGGAAAGCAAAGAAAAGGAAGGGGAAAGGGGAGAAAAAGGAAGAUUCACUGGUCUUUAGAGAAGUGGACAAUAAAAACGGAGGAGGAGGGGGGGAGGAGGUGGAGGAGGAGGAGGAGGAGGAGGAGGUUGGGGAGGAUGAGAAGGAGGAUGUCGAGGAGAGAGAGGAGGAUGUCGGGGACGAGGAGGAGGACGAUGUCGAGGAGGAUGAGGAGGCGGAGGAGGAGGAGGAGACGGAGGAGGAGGAGGACGUCGAGGAGGAGGAGGAGGAGGAGGAGACGGAGGAGGAGGAGACGGAGGAGGAGGAGACGGAGGAGGAGGAGGAGGAGGCGGCGGCGGAGGAGGAGGAUGUCGGGGAGGAGGGGGAGGAUGUCGAGGAGGAGGAGGAAGUUUAGGAGGAGGGCGAGGAUGUCAAGGAGGAGGAGGAGGAGGAGGAGGAGGAGAAAAAAAAAAAAUCCAAUCGAACAAAUCGAUUGGAUUGGA